AUGCCCGAUACAAGUGGCAUUGACAACCCCUUCUCAAAUGGCAGCACAGCAGAGACAGAGCAAGGUUUGGGUCCAUCAGUGGGGGCAGAGGAUGAUAUGGGAUGGCAGGAUCUCCCCGAGGCCAUGCAGGGUGAUACAUCUUUUGUACAUGCCGUUCACGACAUUGUUGGCUCUGAGUGGAGGCCGAGGUGGUACAAGGAUGCUCGCACUUGGCGUCAGCGAGUCCAGCGCAUGGACGACAACUGGCGCCCCCUCAUCCCUGACCUCGUCGAAGCAUACAUAGCCUGGUGCUACCCUUUCGUGCAACCUCCCGAUGCACAUGCACCCCCAUCGCCAUACAAUUUCGAUAUCAAUGUGAUCGAUUUCCACUCGCUUGCUUCCUCCGUGACCAUCUCUCGCACCAAGGACUCGAAGUCCGUCGCACAGGCUCUAGUACUCAAUGGCUACCUCAGAAUGACACCUCUGUCCCCCUCUUUGGCUAUCUCAUUCAAGACAUUGGAAAUCCUGCAGUGCUUAAGGCUAUUCAAAGCCUCUUUCAGCAUUGAAGCCUUCGCAAAGCUUCUGUGCCACUACUAUAAGCUUGAUGGGGAGCCCGACCGUCGAUGGGACCACAUGUUUUGCAUGGAUGGUAACAAUUCGCUGAAGAGGAUCGCACAAGUCGGCAAUUGUUCACGCGGCGACAUUCGAGUUUAUACAGACAGCGACUACUAUCUACCGCUAGAAUUUGUGGACAAGUACGUGGAUGAGGUGCCCUCACGCAUUCGAUCAAGUUCAUCGGGCGAUAAAGAUGACCAAAGCGACUAUGACGAGGAUUUUGAUGCUGAUGAAGAUGGGGCAAAAUAUCCACUCGCGACUGUCGCCAAAGCACUCGAAGUACUCGGUGACAAGCUACUUGCAGGCUACGACAUCGGCUGUGCCUUUGAGGGCACCAUACAACGCAGCUCGCUCGGAUCAGAGUGGACACAGCGCAAAUGCCAUUGCUGCGUCAACGCAUUCCAUGGCUACUCCCAUAAUUAUCCCUGUCAACUCACCAACCAUCCGAAUGUUAUCGAAGGAAUGGGCCUCGAGGAUCUGGAGACCAUGGAGAGGAUAUUCAGUGGCUCGAACAACCUUGCACUGAUCACGCGCUAUGCAUCGGCAUUCCGUCAUCACGUCUUCAUUGAUACAUACUUUCAGCAGUGGGAUACGAAAAAGUAUACUAACCUCAGCAUGAUGCUGUACAACAAUUAUGUACAAGCUCUCAAGAUCAUCAAUGCGGAGACACCUGCUCUGGAAGAAGCACUGCAAUCUCUUCAGAUCACUCACAAAGAUCUCGCGAAAUGGUCACAGGAAGAGCGGGAAUACUUUCGAACUCUCGGUCGCGAGCAGGAGUGGGACAUCCACGCUAUCAUACUCGCAAGCUUGAGACAAAGCGUCCACAUGGGAAUCGCCAAUCGCUGGCAGCUGACUGAUACUCAGUACAUCGCGACACUCAAGUACAUGUUGACACGGAAGUAUCUACGGGCUCUGGACAAUCUCCAGCAGCUGGUGGUGCAGCGGUUAUUUGAGUUAUAUAAACUCAAUCUUUCGCAUACCGCCUAUCGCGUCCGCACACAUACUGCCAAGUCACUCCAGGUUCGUCGCAAGGUGAUUCGCAAUGCUGUCAAGGUCUACAAUGCCGCCGCAAAUGCACUCCAGCCUCUGCAUCCAACUCUUGACUGGACGAAGGUGUCCCACUACAGUUUCAUUGAUGAAUUCCAUAUCUUGAAGGACACACGGGAUGAUGUACGCAAGAGGCCGUGGUCCAGGCCAGCUGUCCCAGCUGUCCGGGAGACGAUGAAACAGGCUCGUCGGAUUGCCCAAGCACAUGUGGAGGUCGAGCGAUGCAACAUCGAGGCUCGGCGUCUCCACACGUUGAUCCGCGAUAAAGAGUGUAUGCUGGACACGGUGCUAGAGAAGCUCCACGAGGAGCAUGCUUUGAUACAUGGGGCUGUGGCGGAUUUCUGCCAGCGCCGUCGUAAUGUCAAUGCUCGCCAUCUCGCUUGUCUUCAGCAGUUGUAUGCAUUAGAUAGAUUUACAGGCGAGCUGUCUCCUGGCCAGCAAGAGGGAGUAACAGCAGUGGGUUCAUCUCCUUCAGUAGUUACUGAUUUUUGUAUGCAUGAAGGUGAUGAAGCCGAGGUCGAUGAGGAUGAUGACGAACUACAAGGAGAUAUCGGUGGGCUUGUUGACUACAUGUGCAAUCUCUCAAUGUAA